GUGCCAAUUUAUACAUCAAUAUGUUUUUGUUCCUAUCUGAGUUUGUAUCUCAAGACAAUUUGUACAAUGUUUAUAAUCAUUUCAAAAGCUGAUAUAAGACGUAUCUUUUCAAGUUUAUCCUGCAGUCACUCUUUGCUGUUCAAUCAGUUCAGUUCGACAUUUAUGGAAGUGUUUUAGUGAGCAGAGUUUUCAUUUAAAAGUGAUUUUAUUGUGAACAAAAUGCUCUCAAUAAUUCUUUUAGGAAUUAUAUUUGCAAUAAUUAUAUAUGAAUCGUACAAAUAUAUGUUCUAUAGGCCUCCAAAUUUCCCACCAGGUCCACCGAGGAUUCCAAUAUUUGGAAGUUAUCUAUUUCUACUCCUAAUAAACCGAAGAGAUCUUCAUUUGGCUGCUCUAACUCUGAGCAAAUGGUACAAAUCGAAAGUGAUUGGAAUGUAUUUGGCCACAGUUCCUACAGUAAUCUGCCAUGAUGCAGAUGGUGUUAAAGAAAUCCUCAAUCGACAGGAAUUCGAUGGUCGGGCGGAUAUUUAUUUAGCUCGGAUGCGUGAUCCUAAUCACAAUCUUCGAGGAAUUUUCUUUACCGAAGGGCCCUUUUGGAAAAAUCAACGAAGAUUUACUUUGAGACACCUUCGCGAUUAUGGAUUUGGAAGACGAUUUACAGAGCUAGAAAUUGAAGUUAGGGAUGAAAUUUGUUCCUUUUUGGAUAUCCUUAGGAACGGUCCGAAAUAUCCUCAUGAACACGAACUCAUGAAGAACGGAUACGUUUCAAUUCCUGAAAUCUUCUAUGCAUCGAGUGGAAAUGCAUUCUUAAAGAUCCUCUCUGGAGACAAACUCCCUCGAAGUGAACAAGGCAUACUUUUUGAAACUGGACGUCGUGGUCUACAAUUCCAAGCCGGUGGUGACGAUUAUGGAAAGUUGUUGAGUGUUAUACCUUGGAUUCGUUACUUCUUCCCGGAAGAGUCUGACUACAUCAAUCUCCGGGAUGGAAAUAACGGAGUUUACAAGUUCAUAAAGUCCAUUAUUGACAAACAUAUGGAAUCUUUUGAUGGAAGUCAUGAGAGAAAUUUCAUUGAUCUCUAUAUCCAGAAAAUGAAUGAACAGAAGAAGGAAGGGACCGAAAAUCCAUAUUUUCACUAUGAACAAUUAAUCCUCAUCUGUGUGGAUUUCUUCUUCCCUGCCCUAACUGGAGUUCCUGUGACCCUUGCCCUAUUUUUCCAACGUCUCCUCCUGCAACCAGAAAUCCUAACAAAGAUGCAGGCAGAGAUUGACGAAGUUGUAGGCAGAGGAAGACUCCCAGAACUCGACGACAGAAUUAAUCUACCCUACGUAGAAGCCACAGUUCGCGAAAUUAUGCGCUUUGAGACCUUAGUUCCGUCCUCAAUUCCCCACAAAGCCCUCGUGGACUGCAAAUUCAUGGGGUAUGACAUACCAGAAGGAGCAUUUGUUGUUCCCGGACUCUAUGCCCUGCACACUGAUACAAAAGUCUGGGGAGAUCCCAAAGUCUUCCGGCCUGAACGAUUCAUCGGGGAAGACGGAAAACUCUCCCUAAAGCUAGACAAAUCCCUACCCUUCGGAGCUGGAAAACGACUCUGUGCAGGAGAAACCUUUGCCCGCAAUACUCUCUUCCUCAUGAUUUCAGCCUUGGCCCAAAACUUCAAUAUCCGACAACCUCCUAGCGACAGACUCCCUGACCUCUCAAAAAAUUAUACCGGAAUAAUACAAUUGACCCCAAAUUACUGGUUAAAGUUUGAAGCUAGGUAGAAGCACCACGGUUUAUGACUUAUAUUUUUAAAAUACUUAUCGAAAUUGGAACAUGUUGUGUUCCGGAUCGAUAGUAUUUGUCUUUUCUUUCUUCUUUUUAUAAACAAACCAAUUAUCUUAUUUGUAGCAAUUAAAUAAAUAAAUGGAGAUAAUAAAAAAAAC